CUUCACUGUCUCUUUCUUGUUCUUCUUCUUCUUGACUUUUUUUUUUUUAGCACCUGAGCUGUGCUGCUGUCUUCAGGUUAGCUUUUGCAUUGACAGGAAAAACCUCGCAUGCUCGGCAUGGUGGUGAUGUGCAGCAGGCUGUGUGAGGAUCCUCCCUAUGCUGGGCCCCCGGUAACAUAGCUCCACCAUUCCCCUCUCUACCAAGCCCCUGCAUGCAACUAGGGGUAAAUGGGGCUAAUGCAGCCAGAAUGAACUGGUUUUCAGGAGACAAAAGCCCUGGGGGCGUUAAGAGGAGGAGGUGCACGAGUGAGAAACACAGGAAACCAGGGAGGGAUAGAACUUUUACUCCCCCCUGACUCUCCUCCAGUCCUGAUCCAGCUGCCUGGUAAUCACGAUGAGAGCUGCACUGCUGCUGCUGCUGUUAGUCACUCUCAUCGCUGCUAAAACUGUCGCUGGAGGGAGAAACAAAAAAGAGAAAAACAAACCCUCCCAGCACGGGUCAGAAUGCGCUGACUGGCGCUAUGGCAACUGUGUGCCUAGCAACGGGAACUGCGGAGCAGGGUUUAGAGAGGGGUCAUGUGACCAGCAGACCAAGAGGAUGAAAUGUAAAGUACCUUGCAACCGGAAAAAAGAGCCUAAAGCUGACUGCAAGUAUCGGUUCGGUAAGUGGGGAGAGUGUGAUCCAAGCUCGGGCUCGCGCAACAGGACGGGGACGCUGAAGAGGUCUUCGCGUCACACACAGUGUGAGCAGACUGUUUUAGUGUCCAAACCCUGCCGCGCGACACAAACACCAAGACAAAAUCCAAAGGUUAGACGGGAAAAGAAGUAACGUUUUUUUAAAACCAUGCUGUGGAGAAGACUCUCCAGGGGACAACUGCGAGAUCUCCCAGAGUUCAAGAACGAAUAGAAAGCAAAACACAAAUUGUCUGAACCAGCUGUCCUCUGACAUCUGGACACUUGCCUCUGCAUUUCUAGAUUUAUAGCCUGAUUUCUAUAUCCGCAUAUUUCUCAGUCCUCUCCAGAGAAACAGAAGUCGACAUGAUGAAGUGAGCCUGACCUGCGGCCUCACAGCCGGCCAACACAGCCGCCUCCAAAAUCGAAGUGCAACUUGGAAUAUUUAUGCUAUAAAUCAUCCUUAAGCGCAACAUCUUAUCAGUUCACUUCUACUUUAAACAAACGCUUUACUCAUCCCCAGUCUCCGACGCAUCUCUGCCAAAACCUUGCGUGGAAAUAAAAUGCAUCUGCUGCAGCUACGCACGGGAAACUGGAGAAACUCUGAAUCACUGUGUUAAUCCUGGACGUGUCUGUAGCUAAUUCGGGCUCAUUAAACACAGCCGAGAGUCCACGCUUUUCAACAACUCGAACCACCGCAGUUAGUCAGCUUUAUACUUUUAGUGUAGGGGGGGGGGGCACACAUGUUAUGCAGCGCAUUUCUUGAAUAAUGUAUAUACAUUUGCUGUAAGUCCUCCCUUUUAUUUCCCUCCCUUUUCUCCUCCCACUUGAUUCCUUUUCUUUAUUAAAAUAAGCACACGCACUCA